AUGGCCGAUCGCACGUCACGCGAAUGUCUUAUCAACUUUUGUGAUGCGGUCAUUAAUAUAUAUGGGCGCGAGUUUUUACGUAGGCCGACGUCCCAUGACAUAGCUAUGAUCCAACAGGCGCAUGAAGCGCGACAUCAUCUUCCCGGGAUGCUUGGUAGUCUUGAUUGUACGCAUGUCGAAUGGAGGUGGUCUACGUUUGUUAAAGCUUAUCUACACCCUGUCGAUCCAAAAGAAAAGAAGUUCAAGAGAGUACAAAAAGCGGCAACAAAAGAUAUUGAAAGUGUUUUUGGUGUUCUUAAGGGAAAAUGGAAGAUUUUGGAGGGUCCGAUUCGUUUUUACGAUUUAGACAAGAUUGGCAAAGUCGUCGAAGCGUGUUGUAUAUUGCACAACAUGAUCAUUAAGGAUGACGGGAGGGCAAUUUCACCGGUUCAUAUAAUGGACCAACCGACACCGAUAGUGUAUGAUCCUAGUGUUUUACUGGAGUUGCAUGACGAAAACGUCUAUCAUCGUCUCCGGUAUGAUCUUACAGAGCAUGUAUCGGGUCUAGAUUUGGCAUACCUCGAUAACCCGGCUUUUCAACCAACACCGAUUGAAAGUUUAAUUUAG